UCAAUACACCUGGUGUGUCUGUCAGCUGCUGCCUUAUGCAGUGUUAAGUAGCUUCUGUGUAACGUCCGUCCGUUAAAUUCUGUUUCGCGUUCGUGUUCAGUUCAGGGUCGCGUGCCUUUCCAGUUUGUCGUCCUUCUUUUUUUUUGUUCGCAGUUGGCAGUUGUUACAAUUGGAAAAGUGCCAAGGUACCUACACUCGAAGGUGUUGUUUUCCCGAUUUUCCAGCAGUCUUAACGGAUUAUUCUCCUUGUUCUUUGAAUUAUUUAGUGGCUUGCCUUUGAACCGAUACAGGGGAUGUAGAGGGAGGCGUGUAGGUGGGCAUAGUGACCUCAUCAUUUUUGUUUCUUCGUCUUAUCAGAGAAGCAUGUCCAUUACAGUGGUGGAAUUGGAAAGCUGGUUGAUUUACCAGUGUAUCGCUACUGAAUGCAGUCAUUGUCUCUGAUCCCGUUUUGUUUUAAGUUAUUGGAUUUUAUUUUUCUAGUCAAGAGAUGUUCGAAACAGGUAAAGAGCUCGACUUCUUCAGCGAUAUUACAAUUUGUUUAGUAUUCUGCAUGUAAACUGUUUUUUCAACUGUCGACUUGUUAGCUCUGUAUCAACAUGCAAAGGACACGGCAAUUCAUGAGUGACAAUGGCUUUCGUGCGAGAGACAUUGGUUUGCGCGCUCAAAAAAAAAUUCUUUCCCGAAUGGCAGGAAAAAACGUAGCACGUGCCCUUAUCGAUGACGUCACAGCUUCUCUUUUAGAUAAUCUUUAUCGUUUAGCGAAACAAUAUUCAAACAACAAAAAAGAGGCAGAAAAGCUCAUAAAGAACAUAAUAAAAGUGGUAAUAAAGCUGGGAGUCCUUCAUCGGAACGGUUUGUUUUCUCAAGAGGAGCUCAAACAUGCAGAACGUUUUCGUAUAAAGUUUCGGAUGGCAGCGAUGGCCAUCAUCUCGUUUUACGAAGUCGACUUCAGUUACGAUCGCAACUACAUCCUGUCCGCCCUCAAUGAUUCACACAAGUGCCUGCAAAUAAUAGUUUCGAAGCACCUAUCAGAAAAAUCUUUAGCCAGAAUCGAUGAGGUCUUUGGGUUUUUCACAAACGAGCAGUUCUUAGACGAACUGUUCAGUCCGAAUUCGCAAUACAGAGAGAUUUUGGGAAAGAUUGUGGCCGAUCUGAACAAGGCCAUAGAGAAUGGUGACCUUUAAAAAAAUGUGGAUUUUAUGUGUUUUGUUGUUGGUAACUGAAAUUUUUGUGAUAUUUAUUGGUUCGUUCUUUGUAUGUAGCUAGGGGUUUACCAUGACGAGGGUUGUUUAUCAAUUUAUAUUAUUUCUAAGUCGAACUCUCAAGACCUACAAAGUAUUCUAAUGCUUUUACUAUUUUUUUUUUAAGUUGAUGUCUCCCUUUAACCCGGGUUAGUUUUAGGCCGUUCUAAAAACAACAAUCGAUUUUAAUGUUAUAUUUAACCCUGUUUGUGUAAUAUUGUGCAUGUCAAUGUACCCAACAUAUUUGUAAAUAGUCGAAAAGGGAUACACCACUUACAGGGUGUAUUACGUAGAAUUUAGAAGCAAAAAAAUUUAAUGUGGAAAGAUUACCAUGACACGACUUAAAACAUUUCUUAUCAUUUAAUAUUUGUGAUAUAAUUUUUACUCUUA